AUGGCUGCAGAAGGCGAUAACGAUUAUUUCGCCCCCUACAGGAAAGCAAAUUUUUCGCAGGCGAGUGGAAUGAGAGAAUGUUUUGAUCACUUCGACUCAGAUGGUGAUGGACUUCUAGACGCAGAAGAGUUUGGUAAACUAUGUGCAUCAUUAUUUAUAAGGAAUCAUGGUGGUCGAUAUCAGUUAACAGAAGAACAAGUCAUAGAUUUGAUAGAACAAUUGGAUGAGAAUAAGGAUGGUAAAAUUAGUUUACAAGAAUUUAAAGCCUGUUGGAGGUAUUGGUUCAAGCAGAUUCUUUCACCGGUAUCAGCAUUAAUUAUUAUUGAUGUACAAAAUGAUUUUAUCAGUGGAUCGCUGGCUUUAAAACAUUGCCCUUCGGGUCAGGAUGCAGAGGAAGUUGUGCCGGUUAUUAAUAAAUUGCUAGAUGAAGUUAACUUUGAUGUUGUUGUCUACACACGUGAUUGGCAUCCUGCUGACCACAUAUCGUUUGCAGAAAAUGCUAAACACAGAGAAAUGGACCAUUCCUCAUUGGUAAGUUCUGAAGAUGCCAAACUUUUUGAUGUUGUUAGAUUUGCUGGACCACCAGUAACUGAACAGAAACUAUGGCCAACACAUUGUGUUCAGAACUCAGUUGGAGCAGAGUAUCAUAAAGACUUAAAAAUUGUAGACAAUUCAUUUAACAUCUCAAAAGGAAGCCAUUCAAACAUUGACAGUUACUCUGCAUUUUGGGACAAUAUGAAAUUAUCACAAACACCUCUCGCAAAAGAACUUGGUAAAAGAAAUGUCACUGAUGUAUAUUUGUGUGGCCUUGCUUUUGACAUAUGUGUCAGUUUCACAUCUAUUGACGCUGCAGAGCAUGGAUUUCGUACAACGGUUAUUGAAGACGCCUGCCGCAGUGUAGAUUGUACUGAUGCUUUAAAAAUGAAGAAUAAAAUGAAAGAAGCCGGAUGUGUGAUUGUCAAUUCACAACAUGUAAGUAAAUCUAUAAAGCAAGUUCCCGAUAUGGUAAAUGUCAAUGAUCGCAGACCAGACCUUGGUUACCAAGCUGCUAUCAAUGUUGCCGUGGCAAAGAAAAUCAUCAAUGCAUAA